CCUGGUUGGUGCAACGUGCGCGUGGCGCAUGCGCAGUAAUCCCUCGCUCACUCUAACGCGAUCUGUUUUGCCGACCGACGUGCCGUAUCUCCUUUUCGUCUAAGCUUCUAGCGAACAUUACAUGUUUCAGCAAUGAAGCUCAACGUGUCUUUCCCGGCGACGGGAUGUCAAAAACUCUUCGAAGUAAACGAUGAGCACAAAAUUCGUGUCUUCUACGAGAAGCGUAUGGGCGCUGAAGUUGAAGCCGACAUUCUUGGCGAUGAAUGGAAGGGUUACGUCCUUCGUGUUGCCGGCGGCAACGACAAACAAGGUUUCCCUAUGAAGCAGGGUGUCUUGACCAACUCGCGUGUGCGUCUUUUGCUCAGCAAGGGACACUCUUGCUACCGGCCAAGGCGUACUGGUGAACGCAAGCGCAAAUCUGUCCGCGGUUGCAUCGUUGAUGGUAACUUAAGUGUUUUGGCUUUGGUUAUUGUCCGCAAGGGCGAAAACGAAAUUCCCGGAUUGACCGACACCACAGUCCCACGUCGUUUGGGUCCCAAGCGUGCGUCGCGCAUCCGCAAGUUGUUCAACUUGAGCAAAGAGGAUGACGUACGUCAAUACGUCGUGAAGAGGCCUCUUGUGCCCAAGGAGGGCAAGGAAUCUAAGAAGCAGCGUUGCAAGGCGCCGAAAAUCCAGCGUUUGAUCACUCCAUCCGUGCUUCAACGCAAACGCCAUCGUCUCGCACUGAAGAAGAAGCGUUGCCUGAAGCGCAAGGAACAAGCCGAUAACUACGCCAAGCUGUUGGCGCAAAGAAAGAAGGAAUCGAAGGCGCGUCGCGCUGAGGAAAUCAAGCGUCGUCGCUCUGCCAGCAUGCGCGACAGCAAGUCGAGCACGACGAGCGCGCCAACCAAGUAGACUGUAGACACGCGACAUGAGACAUGCCAACAACAUCGGAAGCAACGCGAGAUUUAAGAAGUUUAAUUUAAAAAAAGCUACGAAACAACUCGGGGUGUAACGCAAGUGCUUUUAAAGAUGUCUUUAAGUAUCGUUCGUAAAUAAAAAGGGAUUCGUUAUACCCACCAAGAA